AGCGUGGAUGAGAGUGCAAGGGCAGAGAAGCCAGCUCGCUUUCUUUUACACACAAAACAUUGCUCUCUGCGUCAUUCACCACCGAGUUGCUCACCACUUCUUUCAUCAUCGUCUCCAAUGGCGGCCAUUUCUUUAUCCUGUACCGUUCUUCCCUUCACAAAACUCAACUUAUCAGCCUACAAAUCACACCCUUUCGGAACCUCGAAACUCACCGUUUCAACCUCCACCGUCGCCGUCAAAGUCCUCCACUCAAAAACCACCGACUCCUUACCCUCCAUCAUCACCGAGCUUGAAAAAGAAAGAGCCCACAGCAAAGAAGAGGACGACCAAAAUGAACGAGAGACCAACACUACCACUCACGAAAACGAGCGUUGUUUGUCCGAUGUUUGGCGGGAACUCCACGGUCAGGAUGACUGGGUCGGGUUACUCGACCCGAUGGACCCCCUCCUCCGAUCUGAGCUCAUCCGCUAUGGCGAGAUGGCCCAGGCCUGCUACGACGCCUUCGACUUCGAUCCCUUCUCCAAGUACUGUGGCAGCUGCCGCUUCACGCGCCACGCCUUCUUCGAGUCCCUGGGCAUGGCCCAGAACGGCUACCACGUGUCGCGCUACCUCUUCGCCACGUCCAAUAUCAACCUCCCAAACUUCUUCAAGAAGUCCCGCUGGCCCAAGGUAUGGAGCAAAAAUGCCAACUGGAUUGGAUAUGUCGCCGUUUCGGACGACGAUACGUCGGCGCGUUUGGGCCGCCGAGACAUCAGUAUUGCGUGGCGCGGCACCGUCACCCGCCUCGAGUGGAUCGUCGACUUAAUGGACUUUCUAAAGCCGGUUUCCGCGAAUCGAAUCCCGUGCCCGGAUCAGACUGUGAAAGUCGAAUCCGGUUUUCUGGAUCUCUACACCGAUAAAGACGUGACGUGCCGAUUUUGCCAUUACUCGGCGAGGGAGCAGAUUUUGACGGAGAUUAAACGGUUGGUGGAAAAAUACUCGGACGAGGAAUUGAGCAUCACGAUUACUGGGCACAGCCUCGGGAGCGCGUUGGCAAUCUUGAGCGCGUACGACAUAACUGAAACGGGUUUGAACGUGAUGUCGGACGGGCGGGUCGUGCCCGUAUCUGUAUUGUCGUUUUCGGGUCCUCGGGUCGGGAACGUAAGGUUUAAGGAGCGGCUCGAGUCGUUGGGUGUUAAAGUGUUGAGAGUGGUGAACGUUCACGAUGUGGUCCCCAAGUCGCCCGGGCUGUUCUUUAACGAACACGUGGCGCCGAGGGUCAUGAAGUUGGCGGAGGGUCUGCCGUGGAGCUAUUCGCAUGUCGGAGUGGAACUUAAGCUGGAUCACAAAAACUCGCCCUUUUUGAAGCCGACGAAUGACCCUGGUUGCGCCCAUAAUUUGGAGGCUCACUUGCAUUUGCUGGAUGGGUACCAUGGAAAAGGCCACAGAUUUGUGCUAGCCAGUGGAAGAGACCCUGCACUGGUGAACAAAGCCUCGGAUUUUUUGAAAGACCAUUACUUGGUUCCACCUUACUGGAGGCAAGAUCAUAACAAGGGCAUGGUGAGGUGCAAGGACGGCCGGUGGAUCCAGGCCGAACGGCCGAAACUCGACGAUCAUCACCCCGAAGACAUACACCACCAUCUCAAGCAACUAGGCCUUGCUUCUGAUCACUAAGUAGCAUUCCAAUCUUCUUCAACUGUAUAUAUAGCAGGGUUUAUGUGAAGGAUUGUUAAUGUUGAUGAUUGCGAAAAAUGUAAUAAAACGAAGAGUGCUGUGUGACAAUGCACGAAAUUUCAAUGUA